AUGGCGCGAGGUCGUCUUCGAGUGUUCCCUGUGCUAGUAUUGCUACUCAUUCUCGCCUAUCUAUCAGCCCCUUCAGUGCAGAGAUUUUACUAUCUUUUCCGAUUACCAUUUGUAUGGACCGAGUCUUCGGCCCAAGCGACUAUUUCUCAGCAACAUGACAAUUUUGAUCUGACAUUUUCGUCAUUCUCGGCCAACUAUUCGACUGAAGAUGCAGGCUUGCGUCCAUUGAUUCCAGCGAAGCUGCAUCACAUUAACCUUGGGCCAAAUGCUCCACCGUCAGAAUGGGUGACAGCUAGAGCUGAUUGUCUCAAGCAUCACGACUCGUGGGAGGUUUUUCUCUGGAAUGACACCAAUGCGCCGCAGUUUGUUGAGAAGAACUAUCCUCAUCUCUAUGAUAUGUGGAAAAGCUAUCCGUUUAUGGUUCAACGUAUUGAUGCUCUACGUUAUAUGGCACUGGAGAAGUAUGGAGGUGCGGUUCUUGACUUCGACUUGGCCUGCAAACGUUCUCUAGAACCUCUUCGCCAAUUUGGAUUUGUCGCUCCGGCUGCCCAUCCGGCGGGGUUUUCGGUUGGCAUGAUGCUUGCUUCGCCCAAUAAUACCUUCGUCAGAUCACUUGUCGAAAACUUACCUUUGUUCAAUCAUGCAUGGCCGCUUCUGCCAUAUGUGACAGUGAUGUUCAGCACUGGCUGCCACUAUGCUUCAACCGUGUUCACCCUACAAACCAACCGAUCGAGCAUUCGAAUCCUUUCUGGGACCUCCGACAACCCGACUAUGCAUAUGUUGAACGGAUUUGUCGAUACUCCCCUCUUCCGCCACUUAGGCUCCUCCUCAUGGCACACCAAAGAUGCCCGCCUCAUACUUCUGCUGAAAGAUGCCCAGCCCAGCCUUAUUUUGGUUUCUGUGGUAAUAAUCAUCGCAGUCUUGGCUCUAAUGCUAUGGUGUGCACGACUACCGCGAACUCGUUUGUCAAAACGAGACGUCGAGUCUCACCUGCAGAAUUCUUCUUCCAAGUCUUUGUUUAAGUACACAUAG